CAACCCAACUAAUAAACGUACCUGAACGAGCCGUGCCGUGACAGACCCGAUUACAACGGGCCGUACCGUGCCAGCCCGUUUGGCGAGGUCUGCCGCUGUGCCAAGAAGGCUGCUGUUGUUGCCUUGUUGGAGUUAAAAGAGAAAAGAAAAAUAACCCGGCGACCGCCAUGAGCAAAGGGGCCGGCCGUCCUCGUCGCGAAGGCGCCCCAGCCAACGCUGCGUUGCCGGCGUAGCAGGAGCCAUCCACAAUGGCUUUGUGGAGACCCGCUCCUGGUCUGCUCCAGUGAAACCAGAGCAUCACACCACACGGUACCAUCACUCCCGCUCCCGCGCCGCACACAUCACCACACCCCGUGACCGAGGGCACCGCCGCUCGCCGAACCAGCCAGCAGUUCGCCGCCCCGCUUCUCCUCUCACGGCUGCACAUGCAGCCGCGGCCCCUGGCGGCGGUGGCGGUGGCCGCCACCGCGCCAUUCCCUCCGUCAUGGGCGCACCAGGUCCGCGCGGCGGCGACCCAGGGGGACUUCCUCCACGCCAUCGCGCUCUUCCUCCGGAUGCGCGCCGCCGACGCCCCCGCCGCACCCCGCUCCGCCGUCCCGGCCUCCCUCCCGGCCGCGCUCAAAUGCUGCUCCGCCCUCGGCCUCCCCGCCCUGGGCGCGUCCCUCCACGCGCUCGCGCUCCGCUCCGGCGCCUUCGCCGACCGCUUCACCGCCAACGCGCUCCUCAACCUCUACUGCAAGCUCCCUGCGGCGUUGUGCUGCUCCCCCUCGACGGAUGACGCGGCAGGAGAGUCGUUAGAGAGCAUACGGAAGGUGUUUGACGAUAUGCCCGAGAAGGACCCCGUGUCCUGGAACACAGUGGUGUUCGGGUAUGCGGAGAAGGGGAGGCACCAAGAAGCUCUGGGAGUGUUCAGGGAGAUGUGGACAGAUGGGUGCAGGCCCAACUCGUUUACCUUGUCGAGUGUGCUGCCGAUCUUUGCCAAGUGCUCGGACGUUAGGAAGGGAAUGGAAGUGCAUGGCUUUGCAACCAGAAACGGGUUUAUCGAUGAUGUGUUCGUUGGCAGCAGCCUGAUCGAUAUGUACGCGAACUGCACUCGGACGGAUUACUCGGUCAAGGUGUUUGACAAUCUCCCGUGGCGCGAUGCAAUCCUGUGGAACUCAAUGCUUGCAGGGUGUGCACAGAAUGGAUCCGUGGAGGAUGCUCUUGGAAUAUUUCGGCGCAUGCUGCAUUCCGGAGUUAGACCUCUGCCUCGUACUUUCUCGAGCCUCAUACCUGCCUGUGGAAAUUUUGCUUCGUUGCUUCUCGGCAAGCAGCUGCAUGCGUACGUGAUCUUUGGAGGGUUUGACGGUAAUAUGUUCAUAUCUAGCUCCCUGAUUGACAUGUAUUGCAAAUGUGGAAACGUGAGCAUAGCUCGUCACAUCUUUGAUCGAAUGCAGUCACCUGAUACUGUGUCCUGGACUGCGAUGAUCAUGGGACAUGCAUUACAUGGUCCAGCAAGAGAGGCUCUGUUGUUGUUUGACAGGAUGGAGUUGGGAAAUGUGAAGCCUAAUCAUAUCACCUUUCUAGCUGUUUUAACUGCAUGCAGUCAUGCUGGAUUGGUGGACGAGGGUUGGAAGUAUUUCAACAGAAUGUCCGACUGUUAUGGCAUCGCUCCUUCUCUUGAGCAUCAUGGAGCACUUGCAGAUAUCCUUGGCCGUGCAGGGGAGUUGGAAGAAGCCUACAGUUUCAUUUCUAAGAUGCAGAUAAAACCAACCGCAAGUGUCUGGUCCACGUUGUUAAGGGCUUGCAAGGUCCACAAAAAUACCGUGUUAGCUGAAAAAGUUGCCAAGAAAAUCUUUGAGCUUGAACCUAGGAGCAUGGGAUCUCAUGUAAUUUUAUCAAACACGUAUUCAUGUUCCGGGAGAUGGAAUGAAGCAGCACACCUGCGGCGAUCCAUGAGAAAGAAAGGCAUGAAGAAGGAACCAGCUUGCAGUUGGAUUGAAUUGAAGAACAAGCGGCAUGUUUUUGUGGCUCAUGAUAAGUCCCAUCCUUGGUAUGAAAGGAUUAUUGGUGCACUUAAUGUUUUCUCAGAGCAGAUGGUACGUCAAGGUUAUGUUCCGAAUACAGAGGAUGUUUUCCAGGAUCUUGAAGAAGAGCAGAAGAGCCAUGUGUUAUGUGGUCACAGUGAAAAGCUUGCUAUGGUAUUUGGUAUUUUAAAUACACCUCCUGGAACAACAGUUCGUGUGAUGAAAAAUCUUCGAAUUUGUGUUGACUGCCACACGGUAACAAAAUUUCUUUCAAAGAUAGCUGAGAGGGAUAUUGUUAUGCGUGAUGCAAACCGUUUUCACCAUUUUAAGGAUGGAAACUGUUCUUGUGGUGACUUUUGGUGAUUGAAGAACAGUUUGGGAUCAACGUCAUGUUCAUGACAUGCUUUCCUAUUGGAAAUGCACCUGUACUGAGUAUACCUUUUAAAGGAUGGGGUUAUUUCUGAAAUUUUUGUGAAGUGUCAGGGGUAAAACAAAGUGUGCUCAUAAUUCACUAGAAAUGGAUCAUGUGGUUCUUUGCAUACGGAACCAGUCUUUACUGUUGAAGAGCAAUGCAAGACUACAUCACUAGUCUUUUUAGCAGAUUCAAAUGCCAAACUAGAGCCACCACAACAUCAGCAAUUCAUCACUGUAUCUUUUGUCUGUUUUGACGUAUCCAGAAUGUGAUUCCUGCAUUUCCUGGAGUGCUAUUCUUUGUCAAAUAGCAGAUCAAGCAAUAGAAAAUAGGACCCACCAGUUGCUUCAGAAGGGUCCAAAAGAUGGUUUCAAACCCUCCUUAAAACAUUCUCAAGCAUUCUUUAUGGUUGCCACGUGGAGAUUGAGAUGAACAGGCAGUUUGAGGAGCUAACAGCUGACGUGAUCUUGCGGUGGUGUUCGGGAGCAAGCAUAGAGAGGCAAAUGGAGUCCAUCUGGCGCAGAAGGAGGUCCAGUUUCUUGCCUUCUCCAGUAUUUUCAACGAUUUUAGCCAUGUCACGGGAUUCAGAUCAUAUGACAAUCAAAAUCCCACUGAGGGCUUAGUUUGAUUCUCCAUACUCGACUGAGCGCAAAUCAAAAGGACGGCUUCAAAUUGAAGCAUGGAGACAAAUAAAGAAGGAUCACAAACCAUAAGUUGGAGACCAUUGGAUCUCUCUGCUCCAUUACGGAGACAUAUGUGUUAUUCUGUUUUAUGAUAUUUUACUUAGGAGAUGUAUCCGUUGUUUUAUGACAUUUUACUUAGGAGAUGUGUCCGUGCGUUACAACGAGAGCGAAAAUCUCCCACAUUUCAAGUAACCCAUCCUCGUUGUCACUUCUCUAGCCACCAUCGUCGAGUGUGGUCACAUUGUCCACUUAAUCAUGGCGAACAUGAUCCAACCCAAGGAGAUGAAUUCGGUCAUUACACUUUAGUAGCCUCUUUCAUGAAUCUUGCAAUCCCCGGAACUUGUAAUAUAACAGGCUUCAUUAAUGUCUUAAUUACGCUUGGUGAAUGCAUCA